GAAACGGCUAUAAUAAGAAUUUUCUUGUAACAUUAAAGGUUCCCGGAAACAAUGGACAUCAUGAAUACCGCCGAUUUUCAGACGCAGUUAACAUCGAUAAUGGAAAUUAUGGCGAGAACCGCUGUUGUUGAAAUAAGCAAACUUUUCGAGGAGAAUUCGUUGCUGCUGCGUUUAGAGAUUUCACGAUGUACAAACGAAAAUGAAUCUCUGAAAAAGAAAUGUCAUUCUCUGGAGAGUGAACUUCAGUCUGCUCGGAAACCCGCUGGAAAGAUGAAGGGACCAGAAGAUCCAUUCAGCCAUCCGGGACUUCGAGACACUGGACAUCGUCCCACAAUUGACAAUGUCUUCGGUAAGGAAUGGUGCAUGAACCUCUGGAGACACCAGGAGUCAAAUAUUGGUGUGCAGGAGGACGACACACACCUGGACUCUUCAACCAUGACAGAAGAGCCAGUAAAUUUGCUGGAUGAAGAACCAGAUGUAAUUAUGAUAAAAGAAGAGACGCUGAAGAUUGACGAUUGCUCUGGGAAAAGUAAACGUGAGGCAGACCAAAGGAGCAGUUUGAGAGGUCCAGCAAUGACCAGUGAUGAGAGCUGUGUUGCCCAGAGCUCUGAGGAUUUUAUCACAUACACCGUACCUUCAGAUGAGCAAGUCCAAUCGAACGUGCAACAGCCGCAAGCCGAAGAACAAGCUCUUGAAGGAACGAUUUCGACACAUGGAGACUGUACAGCAGGGUCAGAUUUCAGUGCUGAUGUUGGAUUUUUUCCAAAUCACCGGAAUUUCAACCAUAUUUUUACACAAAAGAAGAAAUUUAAUUGUGUGUUCUGUGGGAGAAGCUUUGAAUAUUUAAGCCAUAUGAAAAAACACAUGCGGACACACUCCGGAGAAAAACCUUAUGUCUGUACAGUUUGUGGUCGAAGGUUUGCUCAAAAAAUAUAUCUCACAACUCACGAGCGCACUCAUUCUGGCGAGAGGCCGUUCACGUGCGUGGAGUGUGGAAAGAGUUUUUCUCAAAAAUCUUCUCUGAACGUUCACCUCCGAAGCCACACCGGAGAAAAGCCAUUCAGCUGUUUGGAAUGUGGGAAAAGAUACGCGUACAAAAGUGCUCUUAAAUCACACCGAUGUGUUAGUUAGAAUAGAAAUGAAUUGUUACUGAGUAAACUACUGUCUAGGGCUGCGUUUUGUGAGCGAAGUUGAUCGUAGAGACCAUACGAUGCUUUUGGGAAAUGCAGCCUAGGUCAUUAUACUAUAUGUUUGUUGAACAGAAGGAUAAACAUGAUACUAUUGAACAAAAUAUGUAUUAAAAGUGGUUGAAAAUGCUGAUAGUAAAGGUUGUUUGUUUGUGAA